AUGCACGUUGGGGGGCUUGGAGUGGGAGCAGGCUUGGGCAUUGCUAGCGAUUGGCCGAUCGAGGAGGGUGUGGAGAAGCCCGAAUGGGAGGCGGAGGCAGAGUCCGUCCUGUGGCGGGUGAGGGAGGUACCUGUCCUUGAGGCACAUCCCGUCCCCGAGCGUGGACAAACCUUUGGGCAUGUGGAGUGGAGCCUAAGAUGCGCGGGCAGUUCAGCCUCGGCCAAGCACGGGCGGCUCAUCCUUCGAAGUGGGCAGGGAUACGACCGCUCCCCUGGCGGCCGCGAGGAUGUGGUCCAGCGCUCGCAGUCCGUGGAGCCGCUGGUGCCAUUGGUUUUGGAUGGUUGGAGCCGCGAGGUCGAUUCAGAAUUCCAGGCGCUCGCAGCGGUCCUGCGGGAGGCUAGGGGGCUGACACAUCUCGGGCCUGAGAUUGUGGGCGAAGUGCGACUGUUGGUGGACCAAACGCCGUGCAUCUCCUGUAUCGCUGCAAUGGCCCAAUUCAGGGCCAUCCUCCCCAACGUGAAGGUGCACUGCCACUUCGCGCGCCUGUCGACUCGGCGGCGCAGCGAGCGCGAGCAGUCGCUGCCUUCCGUGAAGAGGGAGUCCCUCACCUACUCCAUCUACGAGGGAGUGGAGUCUGCGGCGACGAUGUCGGGCUCGGAGCCAUCAGGUGGGCCGUGCCUCGACGGUGCACUCAACGUCCUGCGAUGUGGCCUCCGUGAGGCGGGCGCCGAAGAGGAGUUGUGCGAUCUCCUCCGGCUAGAGCCCCAUGCGCACGUCGUGCGGCCGAGUGAUCGUCUACCACUCUCACUGAUGCUGCCUAGCAGCGGCGCCUUUCACGCCCUCAUCCGCCUUGCUCUCAAGGAGAGGCGGCUGGGCGAAGCGCUCGGCUUGCUGGAGUUCAUGCGGAGGAAAGGUGUUCCCAUCUUCGCCCGUACCUUCGAAGACCUGGCCAUGGACGUGGAGAUGCAUCCAAGGAAGGCCGUUGGCUUCAUCGCCGAGAUGGAAGCCUCGGGCUUGGCGGCCUCCCGGCGCUUGGUCUCGGCGGUGUUGACACGCGCGGUGCGGUACGGAGGUGGAGGCCUUGCCCCAGCAGUCUUGCGCCUUCGCUGCCGGCAGUCUGUGCGAGUGAAGCGCCAGGCAGAUGCGUUGCCUGAUCCGGAGAAUCUGCCGAUGGAGACCUCAGCGUCCGAUGGGCGCUUUCGCGCGGGGUCUUCGGGUCAUGCGCCCCGUCUUCUGUACCUCCAGCUCCCCAACUCCGGCGCCAUCUCGUCCUGUAUCAGUCGCAGCGGCCACCUCGCCCCACGUUGGGCAAAGGCUUUGGGAGUCUGGGCCGCCCUUCGUUUCUACGAGGAGGACGCCAGGACGCCGUUCCGGGUGCUGCUAACCGUGGCAGGCAUCAUACGCCCGAGCGGUGCCGAGGCAUUGCAAGAAGGGGCGCUCAGCCUCGCGGCGCAGCGAAAGGUCGUGUCGUCUCUUCGGCAGACAGGGCUCCUGGAGCGAAUGCUGACCAAGCGUGCCCUGACGUUGGAGGAGGCGGCGUCUGUGCAGCUGCUGGAAGGCUGA